AUGCUCUUCGUUGAUAUAGUGGGAUCGAACAUGGUUGCCUCCCUGACUCUCCAUGCCUUCCAUCGCUACAAAGAGCGCAAUCUAGCUGAGACAAAGCGAUGGCGGGAUUGGUAUAAGAAAAUCCCUAAGAAACAGCGCUCGAUUGUCGAAUCCACGGUUAAAUAUACCCGUAAACUGAAUACAGUCGAACACCUUUUUGAGACAAACGAGCGACUGGCGCAUGAGAUCGUCAAGCAUGGGAUGCAAUUCUAUAACAUUUCCCAAACUGAAUUGGACCAGUUCGUCGAGGAGAAUGAGAAGCAGGGUAUCAACACCGACAAAACGAGUGUCUCGCAGGCGAUGAAGCAUUUCGUGCGCGAUUGGGCUGAUGAAGGGCACGACGAGCAGCAGGACGCAUUCCCUUGCAUUCUAGGUUCUCUUGCAAAUAUGUCGAGAACAUUCGAGCAUCCGUUGCGGGUGCUAUUGCCUGGAGCAGGCCUGGGACGAUUGGCACAUGAGGUUAAUGCACUAGGUGGCUUCGAGGUAACCAUGAACGAAUGGUCCAUGUACAUGAACCUCGCAUAUCGAUAUCUAUCCAGCCUUUCGAGUGUCAACAGCAAGACUUUCCAUCCGCAUAUCGAUUGGUGGUCGCAUCACGCGACGACUGCUGAUCUGCAGCGUUCUAUCUCGUUUCCGGAUACACUGGCUAGUCCCUCUGUCCUCCUGGUAGAAGGUGACUUCACUACGGUAUUUGCAGAAGAUACGGGAAAGUAUGACGUGAUUGUCACAUUGUUUUUCAUCGAUACUGCACGGAACUUGGUUUCGUAUUUCGAAAAUAUCCAUCGAUUACUCCGCCCUGGGGGGCAGUGGAUCAACCUGGGUCCAUUGUUAUACGGAAGUGCGCCCUUUUUGCAGCUCUCAUUGGAUGAGAUUGUGGCUUUAACCGAGCACAUUGGGUUUAAGUUUCAGGAGACGGACCCAUCUUGCGGGGGUAUAACAAUACCUGGGUUGACAGUUCGUGGCAAGGAGGUGGCUUACGCCCGCAAUGGGAAGGGGCUGAGUAAAAAUGCAUAUCAGGCACAAUUUUGGGUUGCCCGGAAGAAUUGA